GCCGACCGCUGGCACUACCACCACUUAGUAACACCGUAACUUUUUAUCUCCUCUUCUUCUUUCUCUCCAACAAGUCACCUCAAUUCUUUUUUUUUUACCCGCCUAUCGAUACUAGAAGUCUGGAUUGCUUUCACUCCUUAAGCAUUCUGGGAUCGACUAGGCGGCCGGGUUCGUCAAAGCCGAAAAUUCCAAUUGCUCAUACCACACCUAUUAAUAGUAGGCGUCCUCACGUCAUCUGCUGCGUGUCUAUCUUCGCAGCUCCUUUCGUCUUACCUACCUAAGUCUUCUGCGACAGUAUCGACCUCUGUGACAAUGACACCGCAAGAACCAUUUCCUAUCCUCAAUACCUCGGCCGACCAAUUACACUCGGCGGCUGAUCAGGGAAAUGCGCGUCGGCGUAGGAAGUCGAGCGUACUCGGUACGGACAUCAGGGUGGGAGACACGGGUGCGCCUAGUUUGCAGGCCAGUCUCGCGACUUUUCAAGAUACGAAUGGACAUACGCAAAAGCCACCAACACCGGAUGGCAAGGAAGUGUCUAAAAGGGGCUCAAAGCGGCGCAAAGCCCGCUCCUUUUUGCGUCGCUGCAAGCACUACGCCCUCAAACAUACUUGGGUCUUACCCCUAGUUCUCUUGGCCAUCUUCCUGUCUGUGUACGCCAUUAACCCGACCGAAUCGAACCCUGUUCACCACUUCAUCUUCCUCUCGUACAAGCUCCCGCUCGAGGCCGGUGCUGACCCAGAAGCGCCUGUCCAAUAUGGCAAAGGACCGUGGGAUAUCGCCUUCGUAUCUUUCUAUACCGUCGUCCUCUCCUUUACGCGCGAGUUUAUCAUGCAAGAACUUCUCCGCCCGCUCGCCAGGAGAGCCGGUCUAAAAUCGCGUGCCAAACAGGCGCGUUUCCUCGAGCAGAUGUAUACCGCCAUCUAUUUCGGGUUCUUGGGACCGACCGGUAUGUACGUCAUGAGCCGGACCCCUGUUUGGUAUUUCAACACCCGCGGCAUGUAUGAGAACUUCCCUCAUAAGACGCACGAGGCCAUGUUCAAAUUCUACUAUCUAUUCCAGGCCGCCUAUUGGGCCCAGCAGGCUAUUGUCCUCUUGCUUGGUAUAGAGAAGCCGCGAAAGGACUACAAGGAGCUCGUUGGCCACCACAUCGUUAGUUUGACGCUUAUCGCGCUAAGCUACCGCUUUCAUUUCACCUACAUAGGUCUGGCUGUCUACAUUACCCACGACAUUAGUGACUUCUUCCUUGCGACAUCCAAAACCCUUAAUUACAUUGACCACCCUCUAGUGGGACCUUAUUUCUUCGUCUUCAUGACCUCGUGGGCCUACCUACGUCAUUACCUCAAUCUUCACAUUAUCUAUUCGCUAUUCACCGAAUUCAAGACUGUCGGCCCUUACGAGCUAAACUGGGAAACCGGGCAGUACAAGUGUGAACUCGCUUUCGUUAUCACUCUCACCCUUCUCUCGUCUUUGCAGGCUCUUAACCUGUUCUGGUUCUUCUUCAUCGUGAGGAUCGCUUACCGUUUCAUCGUCUAUAACGAAGCGGACGACGACCGUUCCGAGGCUGAAGAAUCUGAUAUUAACGAGCUAGAGAACGAGAAGGCGGAGGCACCGAAAGCGAUUAAGGAGAGCACCGAAGCGACGCCGUUGCUUAACGGCAAUGCCAACGGGAAUGGAAAUGCAAACGGCAUUAAGACCCGCUCGAACGGGUCGGCAUCGGCGUCGAAAAAGAAGGCGGCCCGAUAGAAGGUUGGCCGCUUUUUGCCUUGGAUUCACGACAUUCGCUUGUAAAAAAUUUAACUAGUAGGGGGCUUGUAUGUACAACACGAUACAGGAUUUCAGCAUAAACGGCGGGCGUAGACGAGACUAUUGGUAUUUGCGGGAAUUGCUACGAAACGCAAUUCCCCUUAAAAUAAGUACCAGUACGUUCCCUGGCGACCUGUCCAAACGAUCAUAGGCAUAGGCGUUUAGAGAACGGGGCUUAGCAUCCCAAGCCAUUCGCUCACGGGUCAUGGGAACGGCGCAUACGGGGAGAUUCUUGGUCGCUUGGGUACGUUGCCCGGGAAUGAGACGGGAAGCAUGAGGGGAAGUCGUUGGUUUGCGGCGGGUAAGGGAACACGUUGGGACUAAUCCGCCUGGGGCGCUCAGCGUCCACGAGCUUGCUUGCUGUUGUUUGUUUGCUUGCUUGGUAUGGAUGCUACGGGAGCUGUCUCGCUGAUUAAUGUGCUAACGACGGAGAGGUGGACCAACGAUUUUGACCAACGAUGAGCAUAGCAUGAUGAGAAGAGAGCAUUUGUCCGUUCUUUUUUUUUUUUUUUGCUUUUUGCUUUUUGCUUUUGUCUUUUUUCUACUACCCCUUCUUACGUACGAUAGUUAAAACCCCAUAACCAACCCUCCCCCCCAAUAUAUAUAUAAUUCUUAAUAAAAGAUGAUGGCCUAGUCCCU